CAAACUUUUGAUUUUUGAAAAAGCCUUCCCAUCUCUCCCUCUCUCUCUCUCUGAACACCUUUCACCUUUCCAGUUACCAGAACGCACAUUCCGCAGCUAACGGCGUCAAGAAUCAAGAUGUCGACGAGCAUCCGGCCGGUCGAAGGCAACCGCUACAUCGUCACCUUCAACGGCACCGACGAUAUCAUGACGACGGUGACGUCCUCCGGCGACGACGUGGAGGCGUGGAUCGACGAGAUCCUCCGCGUCCACCACCGCCGCCUCUCCCGCCUCAUCGUCGGCUUCGACGUCGAGUGGCGCCCCAGCUACUCCAGGGUCCAGAACCCCGUCGCCGUCCUCCAGCUCUGCGUCGGCCGCCGCUGCCUCGUCUUCCUCAUCCUCCACGCCGACUAUGUCCCUGAUGCCCUCAUCGACUUCCUCGCCAACGAACGCUACAAGUUCGUCGGUGUCGGCAUCGACGCCGACGUCGACCGCCUCUCCGACUAUCACUUCAUCUCCGUCGAAAACACCACCGACCUCCGGGUCCUUGCCGCCGCGAUCAUGAACCGGCCGGAGUUGAACCAGAAGGGGCUCGCCGGGCUCGCCGGGGAUGUGCUCGGGGUGCAGGUGAGGAAGCCCAGAGAGGUGACGAUGAGCCGCUGGGAUCAAAGGUACCUCACCUUGGACCAGAUAAAGUACGCCGCGGUGGAUGCCUUCCUGUCCUUCGAGAUCGGGAGGAGGCUCGUCGACUUCGACUUCUGAGAUGGAUCCAGGUUAGGGUUUCCUCUGGUUUCUUUUAGUAGUAAUGCAAUGCAAGUGGUAUUAAGGUAUCAUGGGGUAUAUGAACUUUUGAUGGGAUUUUGUUCUAAAGAACGUGAUUAGGGAAACUUUGCUUCUUUGCUUGUGGGUAUUGGCAAUGGGUUUGGUGAACUUUGCUUCUUUGCUUGUUUGUAGUCAUGGUUUCCAAUAUACAAGUGUUAGCGUCUUUGAUUUGAAUG